AUGACCCAACAUUUUAGAGUGACUGAUACUGUUGAAGCAGAUAUGAAGCUGUACAACAGAAAGAGGGAUGUUAACAAGAACAAAAUACAGUUUCGUAAUAGUAUCAAGUGGAUACGGGUUGAAGAGUAUGGUUCUUACCUAUUUAAAACAACUUAUGAUGAAUACACGCCCUUUCAAAAGGUAAACAUUUACAAUAAGCUACGUGAAACUCCAAGUCUGGAAUCAGCAAUCACCAUAUCGAGAUUAUUUAGAAAGACUGGUUCUUUGAAGCAACCUAAACUUGAGAACCUGAGAGAGCAGCUGAAGUAUGUUCCAGACCAACACAAGUGGUGGUACCAGCACAUUUUGGAUGAAUAUGAAUAA